AAAAAAAUUGUCGUAAGCCGAAGAAUUAAAACAUAACACAAUAUAAUAUAAUCCCCAAAACUACGCAAGGAUUAAAUAUCGCAAUAAACUAUUGUUUUGUUAUAACGGAGACCCGUUAAUGGAUCAGGUAGCGAGGUCCUUGCGGGGGAGUCGGGUGGGGGUAAGUCCCCUUCGGCUAGGCCCCGCCCCCGACGCCGAGAAGGGCGCUUGAGCAAUCGACGGGGUAGUCAAUUGCGAUCGAUCCCUCGAACAGUUCGGACAUAACAAAAAUGGCUCUGUGGACCCCGUACGCCGAAGACGCCGCCCUGGACUUGUCAACCAAGUGCAAGAACCCAACACUGACAUCGGACUACUAUCCAAACAAUGUAGUGUAUGGAUAUCCCUACCCGGUCACGGAGCCGCAUCCAUACUAUGGAUAUCCUGCGGAUACGUACGUGCCGGCCCCGCGUUCUUCACCUUUAUCGGGUGACAGCAUGUGCUCGUACGCGACACCGGUCAGUCCGCGCACGGGCAUGAUCUCGCCACCGGCAUCGCCGACCUCUCGGCACGCAACACGGGCAGGCGGGAAGAGGUCGAGCUACAUGGACGCGGACUCGCUGUCGGACGACCCGGACUUCCAGGAGUUCGAGAAGGACACGCUGCGGGCGAUGGCGGAGAAGAACGGUGGCAGUCUGCUGGGGAACAACCCGCGCAUGCGGCGCGCAGUGCAGGGUAGCGCGGCGGCGGACGACUCCUACAGGCGUCAGCGCGAGCGCAACAACCACGCCGCCAAGCAGAGCCGCGACCGUCGCAAGCUGAGGGAGAUUCAUCUCGCACUCAAGGUCACCUUCCUCCGGAACGAGCUCGCCAAGCUCAGGGGCCAGCUCGCCUCCAACUCUUGUGUGCGCUGUCGUCAGCCCUACCCUUACUGACUCUUCUGCAGUACCGCCCACAUUCUGAGACUUUUUGGCGCUAGUAAGAGCUGUAAAUAAUUUCACUCGGCAGAUAAUAUCGAUUUAAUUUAUUUUAGAGUUAAGUUGGUGUUUUUAUGUAGGUGCAAUAUUUAUUUGUAAAUAUUAUUUAGGACGUUAAGUGCAAUUUAUGUUAGUUGUAAGUUAGAAUAAGGCAGAGAUAUCUUAAUUUAUAUUACAACAAUA